ACAUACUGACCACACUCCACACAAGUUCUUCUUGCUGUCGGGUCUUUCUCUCUCUAAUUCUUGUUCUUUCUCUUUGAUUUCUUGAAUGGCUCCUGCAAACAAUUCCAACAAGCACAACAAUGUAAGCAGCAAUCACAAUCAUCUCUCUAUACCUUCAAAACCCACAAACAUGGCGAAUCCAAAUCCGAUUCCAAACCCUAAUCCGUCAAUCGGAAACGGGUUCAACGACCAAACCCUUAAUCCACCACCCGCACAUUACAAUCGGAACAACAGCAGUCUUCGUCUGUUCAACGAUUGGCUAGAGAAGGCCGAAAAGAACAAUCACAAAGCUUCUAGCUCAUCUGCUUUGCCGGCAACGGCAACAACUGCAAUGGAAAUUGACGGAUCGGAGGAGGAUGUUGCCCUGGCGAAAUCGGAGGUUUUGACUAGGGAAGAAGUUCUCAGGCGGCGAUCUCGUCAGAUGAAGAAUCUGAUCAAGGUUUACAAAGAGCAUUACUGGUCUAUGACUGAAGAAAUCAAGAUCAGGUACAGAGAAUACUAUUGGGAGUUUGGUAAAAGCCCUUUUCAAGAUGAUGAAGUUGCUGGAGAAAAUGUUGAUGGUAACAAUUCUGUACCACAAGAAGGGUUGAAUCGGUGUGAAGUUCAUGGUUGUAAAGUUAAGGCUAUGGCUAUGACCCGUUUUUGCCAUACCCACAUAUUAUCAGACUCGAAGCAGAGGCUUUACAAGGGUUGCUCUUAUGUGACCAAAAGCUUACCAUCAGGACCAAUCUACUGUAUGAAGCCUGUUUUGAGAUCAACUGUUCCUCUUCUUUGCUCAAUGCAUUUAGGGAAGGCUGAAAAGCAUGUGGCAAAGGCACUGAGGAAGGCAGGUCUUACUACAACUUGUAAGAGUAAGUUUGCUCCUAAACUUCAUGUUGUAAUUGCAGAAUUUGUAAGACAGCUUCAAGCCAAAAGGAGGAGGAUUGCACUUGUUGAAAACAAGAAAGGAUAAAUUUAGCUCAGGAUAUGACUUGUAAAUUUAUCUUUGUUUUCUUUUUUUCUCUUGAAACUUCAUAUGGUGGGUGUGUGUGUGUGUCUUGACAAACAAACUGUCAAAAAUGUUUCAUAAUAGUAUGGAUUUGAUUCAGAAUAGUAGCUCAGUUGGUUACUUCGAGGAUUUGAUUUAGGUUCGACCCCUUUGAAACAAAAAAUAAUAUGGAUUUGACUUUCUUCUCUGA